CCUCCAGCUGUGUGUGAUGAGAGCGGCCCCGUCAUUGUAGAAGAACCAGGCAACCGCGUAGACUUCAGCAACUCAACUGGCGCCAAUAUCCACUGCUCUGUUCGAGGACGACCCGCCCCCUCCGUCGUUUGGGUUCGCGCUGACAAUGGCUCCGCUAUCGGUGUUGUUCCUGGCCUUAGGAUGGUUCUCUCCAAUGGCACCCUGAUCUUCCCCCCCUUCCGCGCCGAGGACUACCGUCAGGAAGUGCACGCCCAGGUCUACCGCUGCCAGGCCUCCAACUCCCACGGCACCGUUCACUCCCGCGACGUCCACGUGAGGGCAGUGGUGUCCCAGUUCUACCAGACGGAGGUGAACAACGAGCACGUCAUCAGGGGUAACUCGGCCAUCAUUAAGUGCGUGAUUCCGUCCUUCGUGGCCGACUUUGUCUCGGUGGCGUCCUGGGUCACGGACGACGGCCAGACCUUCGUGCCGCAGCACAAGGGCUAUGACGGCAAGUACUUGGUCCUUCCCUCCGGCGAACUACACAUCCGCUCCGUCAGCUCCGAAGACGGUUUCAAGAGCUACAAGUGCCGCACCGUGCAUCGCCUCACCCAGGAAACCCGCCUCUCCGCUACCGCUGGACGUCUUGUGAUCUCCGAUCCCAUGGGAAGCUCAGCGCCCAAACUAGUCGUUGCGAAAGGCACAAUAAACGCCGUAACAGUGGCUGCGGACACUCCCAACGCACUGUUCUGCGACGCCCAGGCUCAUCCGACUCCGAAAUUCAGGUGGUUCAAGGUUUCCGAAGGAGGACGCAAGGCAGCUGUGGAACUCGGCGACCGCGUGAAGCAAGUGGGAGGAACCCUCAUCAUCCGUGAAGCCAAAGUGGAGGACUCUGGCAAAUACCUGUGCGUCGUCAACAACUCUGUCGGAGGCGAGAGCGUCGAGACUGUGCUCACUGUCACCGCUCCCUUAAGUGCCCAAGUUGAACCCAAGGUUCAGACCGUUGAAUUUGGACGCCCAGCAACCUUUACCUGCACCUACCGAGGCAACCCUGUUAAGUCUGUUACUUGGCUCAAGGAUGGAAUUCCACUUAACCACAAGGAAGCUGUUCUUCGCAUUGACACCGUUGGUCGUGAGGACAAAGGGAUGUACCAAUGUUUUGUUAGGAAUGACCAGGAAUCAGCACAAGGAACUGCUGAACUCAAACUUGGAGGACGUUUUGAACCACCACAGCUGAUCUACACCUUCCAGACCAACACUCUCCAACCCGGACCAGCAGUAUUCCUUAAGUGUGUCGCAGCAGGCAAUCCUACCCCUGAGAUCACCUGGGAACUCGACGGAACUCGCCUCGCUAACUCUGAACGUAUGCAAGUUGGACAGUAUGUUACCGUGAAUGGCGAAGUGGUCUCCCACUUGAACAUCUCUGCAGUUCACACAAAUGAUGGAGGCCUCUAUGCAUGUGUUGCUUCUUCCACCGUUGGCUCAGUCCGUCAUGCUGCCAGGCUUAACGUCUAUGGAUUGCCCUACAUCAGGCCUAUGGAUAAGGCUGCAGUGGUUGCUGGAGAAAACAUGGUUGUACACUGCCCCGUUGCUGGAUAUCCCAUUGACUCUAUUGUUUGGGAAAAGAAUGGUCGCAUGCUGCCCAUCAACCGCCGCCAGAAGACAUUCCCCAAUGGCACCCUCAUUGUUGAAGCUGUCCAACGCUCCACUGACCAAGGAAGAUACACCUGUGUUGCCCGUAACAGCCAGGCUUACACUGCCCGUGGAGAUCUUGAUGUACAGGUCAUGGAACCCCCUCAGAUCCACCCAUUAGUGGUUGCUGGCAUACCUGUAAUAGGGAAGGAGCUUUUGAUCCCCUGCUACGUUGUGGGUGGAGAUUCUCCUCUUGACAUGGUAUGGCAAAAGGAUGGCCGGCCCAUCUCACCUGAGAGAUUGGACACCAAUCCACCCGACCCUUGGCACUCGCCUGGGGAUCGCCAGGAACGUAGCCAAACUCUUGAGGAGUCUUGUGAACUGCUCACUAGUGCUCAUAAUGAGUCUGAGCUUGGUGGUGGUGAUGAACUGAAUAUGUUCAGUGCAAACAUUGGCAUGGACCCUCGCUUGGCAGUGCACCAACGGGGUGAUCGGUACUUAGUGCUGAGAUUCAGUGCACUUUGCCCACAUCACUCUGGGAACUAUACUUGUGAGGCUUCCAACAUGGCGGGUACUGUUGGCUACACAGUCCCUUUGGAUGUUUUGGGUAAUUUCUUGCAGUUAUAUGUAUAUGAAUAUAUACAACCUCCUCAGAUCCUUCCUAUAAGUCCAGAAUCAGAGGUAUUUGAGGGUUACAUCUUCCAAAUAACCUGUGUGGCCCAGUCUGAUCCUCCACCCACCAUCACUUGGCUCAAAGAUGACACACUGCUCUCUGAUGCAAGUGUGACUGUCAGUUAUCCCUCACCCAUGAUGUCACUCCUCAUCAUCCCUCAGUCCCAGCCCAAGCACGCGGGAGAAUACUCGUGUGUGGCUGCCAACCCCGCUGGCCAAGUCAAGAAGACAGUUAAACUUAGAGUCAAAGACCUUCCUCGUAUUAUACCACUCAUGGAUAAUCUUCAAGUUCUGGAGGGUGACACCUUCCAACAGUCAUGUAUUGCCCAGUCGUCCCCACCUCCAUCGUUAGUGUGGCUCAAAGAUGGCCAGCUCAUUAUGGACCCAACGGUGUCUGUCUCAUCUCCAACACCUACAAUGGCCAUCAUUGUAAUUCUUCAGGUGAAACAAGCUCACUCUGGGAGCUACACCUGUGUGGCUUCCAACCAGGCUGGGAAAGUAGAGGAGACAAUCAUGCUACGUGUUGAGGUCAAACCAGAAAUCCUGCCUUUUUCAUUCCCUGAUGAGGUGGAAUCAGGAAAGCUCUUGCAAAUAUCGUGUUUGGUCACGGAAGGAGACGAGCCAAUCAGACUUCAGUGGUAUAAAGACAGUCAGCUUGUGGCUUCAGAUCAUGAAACCAUCAUUAAUAAUUUGACACCUAAAGUCAGUAACCUUCUGCUACCCAGUGUUAACUCACAGAGCGCUGGCUUGUACACAUGUAGGGCAAGCAACAUGGUUGGCUCAACUGAAGUUUCCUCACUUCUCAAAGUUCAAGGUGGAGGUUUCCCAUUUUGCUUGCCAGAUUUCUCUGGAAUAGGUUGCUUUGUUUGCUUGUUUCUGUCCCACCAUAUCCUUCAUUUACUGACAGAAGCUGUAGGAUCCAAGCAAGUGACAUAUGGCAGGAAGCUAGGAGAAUAUAAGUUGGUUGCUGAUAUAUGUGAGCAGAUAGAAAGGCUAAACAUUUUGCCUUUCAAGCCAGAAAUUCUACCAUUUGCAUUCCCUGAUGAGGUGGCAUCAGGCACACCUUUGCAAAUAUCCUGUCUGGUCCUGGUUGGGGAUGAACCUAUCACACUUCAGUGGUUUAAGGACAAUCAGCUCAUGCAUUCAGAUCAUGAAACCAUCAUCAGUCAUCUGACACCUAAAGUGAGCAGCAUUCUGCUCCCCAGUGUUGCCUCACAUAGUGCUGGCUUGUAUACAUGUAGAGCAAGCAACAUGGUGGGCUCCACUCAGGUCUCUUCGCAGUUAAAAGUUCAAGGUGGAGUUUUUCUUUGGUGCAGUGUUGAUGAAGCUAUUUUUGCACCAGAAAUUCAGCCAUUCUGGUUUCCUGAUGAUGUUAAGGAAGGCCAGCUCAUCCAGAUCAUGUGCACAGCAAUGGGAGAUGAGCCUUUAACUCUUCAGUGGUAUAAAGAUGACCUUCCCCUAAUGUCCUCUUCAAAAUUCAUGAUCAACCAACUUGAUUCAUCAAUUAGUAAUUUGAUAAUGAGAGGAGUGACAUCAGAGCACUCAGGAAAGUACACAUGUGCUGCAUUUAAUCCUGUUGGACAGUCAAAACUUGAGAAGAAGCUGCAAGUAAAGGAUGAUGUCUCAGAAGUAGCCAAUUCAAAACAUUUCAUUGCAAAGAAAAUCAGUUCAUUAGCACUAACAUUCCAUAAUCAAAACCAUACUUAUUCUCUAGAUUACUAUUCUCCUCGCCCAUUUCAUAUCUUGAGACUUGGGAAAGAUUCACUUUAUAAAGAAAACGUCAUAUUCCCUCCAGAGAUCUUGCCAUUCAGUUUCCCUGAAGAAGUAAAAGAGGGUCAGCUGAUCCAAGUGUCUUGCGCUGUCACUGUUGGCGAUGACCCAGUCACUCUGCGGUGGUAUAAGGAUGGCAGGGAGCUUGUGUCAUCUCCAGAUUUCCGGAUAACUAAUGUGGAGUCCAGGCUAUCCUUACUAUUACUAAGGAGUGUUGGGGGUGAACAUAGAGGAUCCUAUAGUUGUCAUGCCUUUAAUGCUGUUGGAAGUGCAAAGUUCACUGCAUUACUGAAUGUUAAAGUUGAACCCCAAAUCCUGCCAUUUGCAUUUCCUGAGGAAGUUGAAGAAGGACAGCUGAUCCAAGUGUCAUGUGCAGUAACAAAGGGAGAUGACCCACUUACUGUGCAGUGGUACAAGGAUGGCUCACCACUGUCUUCAUCACCAAAUUUCAUGAUCAAUAAUGUUGCCCCAAAGCUGUCAAUCCUAUUGCUUAGUAGCGCAAAUGCAGACCAUACUGGUACCUAUUCCUGCCUAGCAUUUAAUCCAGUAGGCACAGCCGAAUCUUCAGCAAGUCUGAAAGUCAAGGUUGAACCCCAAAUUCUUCCAUUCGCCUUCCCUGAGGAAGUCGAAGCAGAGCAGUUAGUUCAGGUGUCAUGUGCUGUCAGCAAAGGGGAUGAUCCCAUAACGCUUCAGUGGUACAAGGAUGGACUACCUCUUGUGCCAUCAGCAAACUUCAUGAUCAAUAAUGUUGCUUCCAAAUUAUCCCUCCUCUUACUGAGCAGUGUUGAUGCCGAGCACAGUGGCAUAUACACAUGCCUUGCUUUUAACCCUGUUGGGACAGCAGAAGCAUCUGCAACCCUUAAAGUCAAGGUGGGUCCACAUAUUGAGCCUUUCACCUUCCGUGAUGAUGUGGAGGCAGACCAGUUGGUUCAGGUCUCUUGUGCAGUUGGAAUGGGGGAUGAACCCAUUACCCUUCAUUGGUACAAAGAUGGAACACCACUUGCAUCCUCCUCUGACUAUAUAAUUAACAAUGUAGACACAAAACUUAGUGUCUUAUUGCUAAGAAGAGUCAGUGACCAGCACAGAGGCACAUACACUUGUGUGGCUAUUAACCCUGUGGGUAGAACUGAAUUCUCUGCUCACCUCAACGUAAAGGAGCGUCCGGAAAUACUUCCGUUUUUAUUUCCCACUGAGGUGAAAGAAGGACAACCUCUUCAGGUUGGGUGUACCAUCCUGACAGGUGAUGAACCAAUUAGCAUCCAGUGGUAUAAAGAUGGCCAUCCUCUUGUAUCAUCACCUAAGUUUAUGAUAAACAAAGUCACACCACGGAUGACUUUACUGGUCCUACAGGAUGCAAGUUCUGAACACACUGGGACAUAUAUGUGCAAAGCAUUUAACCCUGUCGGUCAAGCCGAGUUCUCAGCAACUCUUGAAGUGAUGGCUGGGCCAGAUAUACUGCCAUUCGUAUUUCCAAAAGAAGUUGAAGAGGGUCAGCUGAUCCAGAUAUCAUGUGCAGUGACAAAGGGCGAUGAACCUCUCACUAUUAAAUGGUACAAGGAUAGUGGUGAAAUCUCUUCAUCAUCAGACUUCUUGAUAAAUAACAUGGACUCGAAACUCUCUAUUUUGUUGCUGAGACGUGUGACAGCAAAACAUACGGGGACUUACACUUGUGAGGCAUACAAUCCUGCUGGCAGUGCCAAGUUUUCUGCUCAGCUCAAUGUCAAGGAGCGGCCAGAUAUCCUUCCAUUCUCAUUUCCAUCUGAGGUGAAUGAAGGACAGCCUCUCCAGGUCCCUUGUACAGUCAUGAAAGGAGAUGAACCCAUCACACUCCAGUGGUACAAAGAUGAUGUUCCUCUCAUAUCCUCAUCGAAGUUCAUGAUAAAUACCAUUACCUCAAAGAUGAGCAUGCUGAUUCUUCAGGAUGCAGGUUCUGAACAUUCAGGAACAUACUCAUGCAAAGCAUUCAAUCCUGUUGGUCAGGCAACUUUUACAACAACCUUGGAAGUAAUGGAGAAACCAGAAAUUUUACCUUUUACGUUUCCAACGGAGGUCCAAGAAGGACAACUACUUCAAGUGACGUGCACAGUGACAACAGGGGACGAGCCAGUAACACUACAAUGGUACAAGGAUGAUAUGCCCCUUAUGUCAUCUCCCAAAUUUAUGAUCAACAAGGUCGACUCUAAAAUGAGUUUUUUGAUUCUUCGUGCUGUUAGUAUGGAGCACACUGGAACAUACACCUGUCUUGCCUUUAAUCCUGUUGGUCAACAACGAUCGUCUGCUGAACUCUGGGUUAAGGAUCAUACUCCUAUGAUGAUUAUCAGUGGCUUCAUGCCUGCAUCAUGUAACUUCUGUGGCAGGAGAACAUUCCCUGUGACAGAAAUCUUCAUGCCUCCUCUACUUUCUUUCCAGGAAAUCAUUCAUAAAGUUCAUUUGCAUUUCAGUUUCUUUGUGGCUCAUUCUAUAAUAUCUCAUCUUCUGUUUAAGCAAGUACUUGCUUAUAUCUGCCAUUUUUUGUUGAAACAGAAAAUGGCUUAUGCUCUUGCCAGUGUCAAGAGUUCAUGGGUAUCUUUACAUUCCAACACCAUUAUACUCACCAUGUAUCAGCCAGUAAUGUCAUCUGAUAAGGUACUGUAUUGCCUAAGUGACCUAGAUGUUACUCUCUCUCUAUCAUCAACUUUCACAAGUGCUGUCUCCCCUGCAGCAAAGCCAGUGAUCAUGCCUUUCGUAGUUCCUCCUGAGAACUUUGAAGGAGAAUCCAUCCAGAUGAUGUGCACUCUCCUCUCGGGGGAUGAUCCUGUAAUGAUAUACUGGCUAAAGGAUAAGAUCAGCUUGACAGGAAACAGUGAAGAAGGAAUCACUUUAACACAUGUGAACUCCAGGACGUCCAUGCUUGCCAUCCCACAUUUGGGAAAACAACAUUCUGGAAACUAUACUUGCAUGGCUUCCAACCGUGCGGGCCAGUCGAACCACAGCGUUUCUCUCAAUGUUCUUGUCCCACCACGCAUCAUCCCCUUCCACUUUGAGGAACACAUACGAGCGGGAAGUUUAGUGCAAGUGAUCUGUGUAGUUGGGGAAGGAGACCCCCCUAUUGACAUUCGUUGGACUCUCCAUGGGGAGGAGGUACGCCCCAAGCUUGGCAUCUUCACCCAACGAGUUGGCGAGAGGACCUCAAUUUUGAGCAUCGACAGGGUGGGCUCAGAACAUCGAGGUUCUUACACCUGCAUCGCCAAUAACCAUGCUGGCAGGACUAACCACACAGACACUCUCUGGGUUAAUGGUAUGAGUGCUCUGCCAGUGCUGUAUAAUUCUGUGGCUACAAAACUUGGCCACAUUAAAUGCCUGUUCCCUGAAUAUGCUGUUAUGUUUAUAUUUCAGCUCGUGGAUACUGAAGAUGUAUAUUCAAAUCACAGCUACUCUGAUCCCCAACAGAUGAUUGUGUAUGUGAUCUGUGUAAUACUACCCAAGUGUGGUGAGAUCCCAAAAGAUGUAGGCUUUAGCUUCGAGUAUGGCUGUGCUGUUGUUAGACUUUGUAUUCUAGAGCCACCUCAGAUCAGACCCUUUAGUUUCGAGCCUGAACUCCUCUCUGGCUUUGACACUCAGCUAACGUGCUAUGUCAUUCAGGGGGACCCACCCCUGCAUAUUGCAUGGUACUUUCAUGGUCAAGAGGUCUCUCAUACAAUGGGUGUCAGUACAAUGAAACUAGGGUCUAAAUCUAGUAUUCUGAGCAUUGAGCAUGUGACUCAUGGCCAUUCGGGAGAUUACACAUGUGUAGCAGCCAACCCUGCUGGUGAAGACCGCUACACAGCACGUCUUGUGGUUCAUGGUAAGUUGUCCCCACCUAUAUUAGUAGAACUUAUGCAAAGCCAACAGGACAGUAACAGGGAUGUGCCCAUUGCAGAGCUUCCGGAAAUUAGCCCCCUCAGCUUUGAUAGUGACAUAGAAGCUGGACGCGAAGUUCAGCUUCUUUGCUACGUGCCCAAAGGAGACCUACCAAUCAGUUUCCACUGGUAUUUCAAUGGGCAGCAAAUGACUCUGAGGAGUGACAUAAAUACUGUAAAGUUAGGCAGCAGAUCGAGUGUUCUCACCAUAAUGGAGACAGAUCACUCAUACUCAGGGAUGUACACUUGUGCUGCCUCCAAUGCUGUGGGGAUGCACAAGUCCUCAGCAUCUCUCGUGGUUCAUGGUAGUCACAAGACUAAUUUGUAUGAUCAAUGGUAUUUCCACGGUCAAGAAGUUUCUCAUCAUAUGGGUGUCACCACAGUAAAAUUGGGUUCCCGGUCAAGUAUCCUGUCAAUUGAACAUGUAACCCAUGGCCACUCUGGUGUUUACACUUGUGUGGCGUCAAAUGCAGCAGGGGAAGACCGGUUUGGAGCUUCCUUGACUGUCCAUGAGCCACCUUUAAUCAUGCCCAUGACUUUUGGUGACUUUGAGGUAUACGAGGGUGAUUCGGUCCAGGCGAGUUGCAUGGCACGCAAAGGUGAUGUGCCCAUGACGUUCCUUUGGCGCUUCAGAGGUGCCAUGGUGAAUCCGUCACCAGAGAUACGAAUUGUGAGUCUUGGAGCGCGGAACAGCCUCCUCUCCAUCAGUGGUGUGGAUGCCCGGCACCAAGGAAUAUAUAUCUGUGAAGUUACAAAUGCUGCUGGAACAGCUCAAUAUGCUACAGAACUUAGGGUUAAUGAACCACCUCAGCUUUUACCAAUAGACUUUGGUUCUGAUACAUUUUAUGAAGGAGAUCUGGCCCAAGCCAACUGUGUUCUUCGUAAAGGAGACUUACCAGUGACUUUUGAAUGGAUUUUUAAUUCCAAAUUACUUGAGGCUUCUGAUAGUGUGGAAGUUCUGAAUAUUGGAGAGAGAACAAGUCUCUUAACAAUAAAUCCAGUCCGUGGUCAACAUCAAGGAAACUUUACCUGUUUAGCUACAAAUGCUGCUGGAGUAGCCCAAAUGGGAGCAACUAUAAUUGUUAAUGAACCUCCUCAAGUAACACCUAUAGACUUUGGGGAACCUACCUUCUUUGAGGGAGAUUUAGCUCAGGCUACAUGUGUGCUCCGUAAAGGGGAUCUGCCAGUCAUCUUCUCAUGGAUGUUUAAUGGGGUAGAACUGAGCCAGACAGAUGAAAUACAAGUUCUUAAAGUUGGUCGUAGGACCAGCAUCUUGAUUCUUGACCCAGUCCAGGCACAUCACCAAGGAACGUAUACCUGUCGAACAGUCAAUGAGGCAGGCACAGCAGAAGUAGAGGCAGAGCUCAUUGUCAAUGAACCACCUCAGCUAUUACCUAUAGAAUUUGGUUCUGAAGCAUUUUAUGAGGGUGACAUGGCCCAAGCCAACUGUAGGCUGCGUAAGGGUGACCGCCCAGUAACAUUUAGUUGGUUAUACAAUGGGAUACUACUGGUGAACACAGAUGACACUUACAUUGACCAUAUGGGCAGCAGGACGAGCAUUCUGACUCUUGACCCAGUGCGAGCACACCAUCAGGGCAACUACAGCUGUAGGGCUGUUAAUAAGGCUGGAUUUACCCAAGUAGACACAACUAUAAUUGUCAAUGAACCUCCUCAGAUAAUACCAAUAGACUUCGGAUCUCAGGCAUUUUACGAGGGAGACUUGGCACAAGUCAAUUGUGUACUACGUAAAGGUGACCCUCCUUUAACCAUCAAGUGGCUACUCAAUGGUGUAGAACUUGUCACCACAGAUGCAAUACAGAUUCUUAACGUGGGCAGCAGGACCAGUAUCCUGACAAUAGAUCCUGUGGGUGCACAACACCAGGGUGUCUACUCUUGUUUUGCUGAAAAUGACGCUGGAACUGCUGAAGUAGAGGCAGAAAUGAUUGUCAAUGAACCUCCUCAAAUCUUACCUAUAGACUUUGAAGCAGAAGCCUUUUAUGAAGGUGAUCUGGCACAAGCAAAUUGUGUACUUCGGAAAGGCGACCGUCCUGUGGCAUUUGUUUGGAAAUUUAAUGGGUUAGAAAUUUUUAACUCAGAUGACACAACUAUUGUUAGUGUUGGCAGCAGAACAAGUAUCUUGACACUAGAUCCUGUACGAGCCCAUCAUCAGGGCAACUACAGCUGUACUGCCAUUAAUGCAGCAGGGGAAGCUGAAGUCACCGUCUCUCUAACUGUCAAUGAACGCCCUCAUUUAAUACCAAUAGACUUUGGUGAGUCGGUUUUUUAUGAGGGAGAUUUUGCUCAAGCCAACUGUGUUCUGCAAAAGGGUGAUCAGCCCAUUAAGUUCUCUUGGAUCUUCAAUGGGGUCACACUGGAAUCGAGCAGUGAAAUACAGAUUGACUACAUAGGGCGGUCCAGCAUCCUUACCUUAGAUCCAGUUCGAGGGGUACAUCAGGGGACUUAUACAUGUGUGGCUUCAAACCCUGCAGGGGAAGAGCAAAUGUCUGCCAACCUAACUGUCAAUGAGCCACCUCAACUUAUGCCCAUCGACUUUGGAGAGUCAUUGCUUUAUGAGGGCCACUUUGCACAAGCGCACUGCAUCGUCCAGAAAGGAAACAGACCAAUAACAUUCCAGUGGUUAUUUAAUGGAAAAGAACUUGAAAUAUCACAAGAUAUGGAGGUGUUAAAUGUGGGAAAGCGAUCAAGUGUUCUCACCUUAGAUCCCGUGCGACUCCAAUAUCAAGGAACCUACACCUGUUUAGCUUUCAACAAAGUAGGCUCUGCGCAUGCCUCAGCAGAACUUAUUGUCAAUGGACAUACCCCUGGUGACUAUCGCGAUCUUGAUGUAAACAACCCCAAUAUUAAAGUUACUGAUGAUGGAACUCUUCAUAUCAGCAGUAUUCAGAAAUCUCAUGAAGGAUAUUACUUGUGUGAAGCUAACAAUGGAAUUGGUGCUGGACUGUCUACUGUUAUCUACGUUAGGGUCCAAGCUCCCCCACAAUUCAAGAUUCAGUACCGCAAUCAGACAGCACGACAUGGAGAUGAUGCUGUCUUGGAAUGUGAGGCUGGAGGAGAAACCCCCAUUGGCAUCCUCUGGAGCAAGGACAAGCACAGUGUUGACCAAGCAGCUGAACCAAGGUACACAAUCCGUGAAGAAAUGCGUGGUGGCAGUGUUCACAGCAGUCUUAGCAUCAAGACAACUGAUCGCACUGACUCUGCUGUCUAUACCUGUGUGGCUACCAAUGCUUUUGGAAGUGCUGAUACUAACAUCAACCUCAUCAUUCAAGAACGCCCAGAACAACCCAGCAGCCUUAAGGUUCUUGACAAGAGUGGCCGAUCAGUGGAACUGUCUUGGACCUCUCCCUAUGAUGGAAACUCUCCUAUCACCCGAUACAUUGUGGAAUAUAAGCUUAGCAGGCGUAACUGGGAAAAUGAUGGUGAACGCAUGAUGGUGCCCGGAAACCAGAACAUGGCAGCUGUCUUGGAUCUCCGCCCAGCAACUACCUAUCACCUCCGUAUUGUUGCAAGGAAUGAGAUUGGUGAUUCUGACCCAUCAGACAUUGUGACCAUCAUCACUGCUGAGGAAGCACCAAGUGGUGCACCACGUGACCUCAAAGUUGAAGCUGUUGACCAGACCUCCCUCCGUGUGAAGUGGAAGCCACCUCUUAGGGAAGAAUGGAAUGGUGACAUCCAGGGCUACCAAGUAGGCUACCGUCUCGCAUCAUCUAAUACCUCUUACGUCUAUGAAACUGUGGAAUUCAGCAAGGAAGUGGGCAAAGAACAUCAACUGACUAUCAAGAAGCUGCAAGUGUACACUGAAUACGCUGUUGUGGUCUCCGCUUUCAACAAGAUUGGACAAGGACCCACAACUGAGGAAAUCCGCUCCUACACAGCUGAAGGAACCCCCCAACAACCCCCUCAUGAUGUCACCUGCACAACUCUGACUUCUCAGACCAUCCGUGUGUCUUGGGCCUCACCUCCACUUGAGACUGUACAGGGAGUGAUCAAGGGAUACAAAGUAAUCUAUGGACCAUCUGACAAGUGGUAUGAUGAAGAGAGAAAGGACACAAAAAUUACUAGUUCCACUGAGACACACCUCCAUGGACUUCAGAAGUACACUAAUUACAGUCUCCAGGUUUUGGCUUUCACAUCAGGUGGUGAAGGAGUACGAUCACAGCCUAUUCACUGUCAGACUGAUCAGGAUGUCCCUGAUGCCCCCACUUCUGUCAAGGCUCUGGUUAUGUCAGCUGACUCCAUCCUGGUAUCUUGGCUACCCCCAGACCGUCCUAAUGGUAUCAUUACUCAGUAUACUGUAUACUUCAAGGAAGAGGGAAAGAGUGACAGUGAGGCAGAGCAGGAGAAACUACUAUCAUCUCAACUGAAUUACGAAGCAAAUGGACUUAAACAGCGUGAUGAAUAUGUCUUUUGGGUAACAGCCUCUACAACCAUUGGAGAAGGAGAGAAGUCUGAAUCUGUCCAUCUGAAGCUCUCAAGCAAAGUCCCUGCCAAGAUUGCAUCCUUUGAUGAUGAGUAUGUUGCCACAUACAAGGAAGAUGUCAAGCUCCAUUGCCAGGCUGUAGGUCUCCCCACCCCUGAUAUAAGGUGGACAAUCCGUGGUGAACCAUUUACCCCCAAUGAUCGUAUGCGUCUUUUGACUGAGGGUUCUCUACUGAUUCGUGAAGUGUCUCGUGAUGAUGCUGGAGAGUAUACCUGCCAUGUUGAGAAUCCCUAUGGACAAGACACAGUCACACACACACUCCUCAUUCAAGCCCCACCUCACCCACCUGAGAUUCAACUCCAGUCAACCACCACCAAUAGCAUUGAGGUUAAGCUGAAACCUUCUGUGAUUGAUGACACCACUCCCAUUCAUGGUUACACUGUCUAUUAUAAGCCAGAAUUUAGUGCCUGGGAGAGUGUACAGGUUCCUGCUUCCACAAGGUCAUACAAUUUGGAAGGCUUGUGGUGUGGUUCUCGUUACCAGAUUUAUGCUUCGGCUUACAACAAGAUUGGCACUGGUGAAUCUUCUGAGAUCUUGAACACACGCACAAAGGGCAAGAAGCCUGAGAUUCCUGAAGUUCAUCGUUUUGUAGAAGUCUCCUCUGUCUCUAUCAAUCUCCACCUGAAAGCCUGGCAAGAUGGUGGUUGCCCCAUGAAUUACUUUGUGGUUGAAUACAAGCCAAGGCACCAGACUGAAUGGAUAAUGGCAGACAACCAAGUGAGCCCAACAGGAAACUAUGGUAUCAUGGAACUGACCCCUGCUACCUGGUAUAAUCUUCGUAUCUCUGCUCAUAAUAAUGCUGGAUCUUCAGUUGCUGAAUAUGAAGUUGCUACAUUGACUCUCACUGGAGGUACUAUUGCCCCGGCUCGUGAAGUACCCGCCUUCGGGGCUGGAGAUCUCCCGAUCUACCUCAACCUAAACCUCAUCGUUCCUGUGGUCUCUGCUGUAGUCGUCAUCGUUUUGGCCAUCGUUAUCAUCUGCUAUCUGAGAGGUCGCAAUACUCCAAUCAAAGGGACAAAGGAGAGGGAAUCAGAUCCAAGACUGAGCACAGUUAUGAAGGUAGAGAUUGGCAGUUUUACAUGCAUGCUCACUCUGACUCUCUUUCACUCUGGCACUCUCCGGCUCUCUGCUUCAAUCACUCUCAUCACUCAAAAACAGGUUUUCAUCACAACUGAAGGUAAGGCUCUCAACUCCACGCUGCCGCCAACUGUUUCGGACAGCCGAGUAACCUGGCUUCCUGAUUGGUGGCCGAAGUGGCUGGAUCUGAAUGUCCUGGUCCCAGUUAUUGCCACUAUCGUCGUCAUCAUUGUGGGCAUUGUUGUCAUCUGUGUUGCAGUAACUCGUCGCAAGAACGGCAUUGAGAACUUGAGACUGCGAGAGGAAGUGUACCAGCAGUACCAAUACAAUGCAAGCAUGCCCCCACCAUCCACAAUGGACAAACGCCACCCAGGAUUCCGGGAAGAACUUGGCUACAUUCCUCCACCCAACCGCAAGCUUCCACCUGUCCCUGGAUCCCAGUAUAACACCUGUGACCGCAUCAAGCGAGGUGGGGGGUCGGGUCGCGGCACACAUGCCACCUGGGACCCAAGACGACCCAUGUACGAGGAACUCUCCCUCCAUCCCCCCCCCGGACGACGUAUCCCCCUUGGAGGGCCCCCACAACCCCUUGGCUCUCAGGACACACUCAGAUCAGGUGGUGAUGACGAGAUCUGCCCUUAUGCUACCUUCCACCUUCUGGGCUUCCGUGAGGAAAUGGACCCCCAACAAGCUGGCAACAACUUCCAGACUUUCCCCCACCAGAAUGGCCAUGGCUCACAACAACACUUCGUCAACUCCCCUGCCUCAAGGAGCAUGCCACGUCAUGGGUCUGGAAACUACUACAGCUGCGUUUCUGGCGACUAUACUUGUGGCCAUACCCCGAACGAAGGCCACCAGCCUCGUCAUGGGUCCGGCAACUACUACUCGUGCGUGGCCGGAGAAUAUGGCCCUGGCGGUCCUCCAAGCAGCACCUACUACUCUACUGUCCCUGGCGACAUGACCGCUUCUCGCAUGAGCAACUCAACUUUCUCUCCGACCUACGAUGACCCUGCCCGCUCUGAUGAAGAGAGUGACCAAUAUGGUGGAUCUACUUACUCUGGUGGUGGACCCUAUGCUCGAGCCAUUGACUCUGUGUCACAGUCUGGCACUGCUAAACGCCUUAAUGGUGGUCACCCCCCUGGAGCUCCUGUGUCUGGGCCUCAACCCAGCAACCAUAGAUUUAUAUCUAACCGUGGAAGCACCUCUGGAAGCGCUGGACAAGGAUCCCCUGAGCCCCCCCCUCCUCCACCUCCCCGCAAUGGAGACCUCCCCCUUGAUUCCUCUGGCCUCGGUUCAUCUCUGAACGACUCAAACAACUCCACAGCAUCUAAUCAGUUCUCAGAGGCUGAGUGUGAUCAUGAUCUUGUGCAGCGUAAUUAUGGAGAGAGACAUUGUGCACAAACCAAACCAGUGAAGGCUACCAAGAGCAAGAGGAGAUGCGCAAGCUCCUGGACAAAAAUGAAGCAGCUGCCCACAUUCAAAAUGGAGGCCUAAGGAUGGGUUUGCGACGAGAUGAAUG